AUGCAGCUCACGACCGCUUUCACCCUCCUCGCCGAUUCACAACAAGCCCAUCAGCGCGAGCAAGGACAAGCUAGCGGGGCCGCCAUACUGUUCCUCAACGAAAAGCAGCUGUUCCUAUACAACGGUAGUGAGGCUGACUCAAACCAGCGGUUUGGCCUCGACCGCUCGGGUGUUGGCCGGGGUAACCUGACCUACUCCCCCCUCGCCUCAUCGACCUGGGAGAUCCAGGGCUGGUUUAUCGAUGAGUUCACUGGGGAACUGAACUUUGACGAUUCUCACUCCUUGCUGGCCUGCCCAGGGCCCGACGGCUCGUAUUUGGUAUACCUACAGUCCAACUUCGGCCAACCGGCUGGCCAUUCUGACUGUAUCCCGGAGGACGAUUUGGCGGGGAAGGGCCUCUACUUCGAGGCCUGGCUGGCUGAUGCCGAUGGGGUUCAGACAACUGGGUGA